AUGUGGGGAAAACUAGAGUCAAAGUUGGAUCGGCAGCGCCACUCUCGUGCAUGUGAAGAAGAAGGCCACAACCUCUCAAGCCAUCGUCACUUAUUGAAGGACGCAAUUCGAGUCUUGCAGCGUAUCUUCCAUUUUUCCCCUCCGUGUCACCGUUUCUGUGUUUGUAUGUUGAGAGGAGUUACUUCUUGCACAGCUGCGCUUGUUCACGACCGCUUCUUGGUGAUCAGUGAGAUUCAACCAUUUCCUGUGAAACUCAGGUGA